AUGGAAAGGAUUCAGAGACGAGCAAUGCAUGUGAUCUUUCCAGACCUCAGUUAUAAUGAUGCGUUUGCAGAGAAUAAACUUUCCAAACUUGGUGAAAGAUGGGAGAAUUUGAGUGAUGAUUUAUUUAGUAAUAUUGUUAAGAAUGAUAAUUAUAAAUUAGCCCAUCUGUUACCUCCUAGAGUUAAUGUAUCUCGGAACAUGAGGAAUCCUAGAACUUUUGAAAUUCCGAUGUGUUAG